UGGGCUGCUUUAUAUUCUCUGCUGAAACCACAGAUUUGUUUUAGUGAGAGAACAAUACCCCCUCUCCCUCCACUCUGUUUCUUGUUACACAGUGUGUGUUUUGUGUGAGUUUUAGUGUGUGUUUAGUGUGUGUUCAGUUUCAAUUAAAUCUCUUGUAAGUCUGAGCUUCAAAUUUUAACAAUAACCCAUCAUACAUAUCACUGUAUAUAUUGAAUUAAGGUAACAAACAUCUGCUGAUUUUGAGAAAAGGGGGUGAAUUUAUAAACCCUAAUUUUCUUAAAAAAUGGCAGAAUUGAAGGGGAACAAGAGGAGUUUAUCAAUUAAUCUUUCGUUUUUUAACCCAAAUGAUCAAACCCAAGUCCCAGUUAAUGUUCCCACAAAAGCAAUCAAGAAAUUUGAAGGUGGGGAUAAUGGCGUUGUGGGCCUUGGAAUUGUAGCUGCUAUGACCCAAUUGGAUCAAGCCCAUGACCCAUUUAAGCCGACCCGACCCGGAAUAUUGAGUGUUUCUCCAAGAUCCAAUCCAAUCCCAAUUUUUGGAAAUACGGGUGAUUCUAAUUUUGGUAAAACUGGGAAUGAUGUGGGGUCUAAUUUGGAGGAGGAUAUGGAGUUAUCUGAGGAGUAUACUUGUGUUAUAUCUCAUAUUGGGAAUAAUUUGAUCAAGAAAAGAGAGUAUUUUGAUGGGAAUUUGACUAGGAAGUGUGAGACCACUGUGGUGGCUCCUAACAUUUGGGUGAAUUCUGGGGUGUUUUAUGCUGCUUCGCCGCCGGUGGGGGACUUUGCAGCUAAGGCUGUUUUCGGGGCUGCUGAUUUUCUGAGUUCUUGUUAUCUUUGCAAGAAGCAGCUUCAUGGGUUGGACAUUUUCAUGUAUAGGGGAGAAAAGGCAUUCUGCAGUGCAGAGUGCCGCUGCAAGCAGAUCUCAACUGAUGAACGCAAGGAGAAAUGUAGAUCCAGGGUUAGAAAACCACAUGAGUACUCUGUUUCACCCUGCUCUGGGCAGAUGCAGUUUUUUGCUGGGGUGGCUGCGGCAUAGAAGCAUAUGAUCAUUGCUUUAUAAAUAAAAUAAAUGAAUAAAGGAAUAUAGUGAUAAAGUUUGGAGAGACUGAAUUAAAAUAAAUAGUCGGUAUUAAUAUUUCCGAAGGGUUUGAGCAAGCAUGGCUCUGACAAUGCAAAACGCUGAGAAAGAUUCAGAUGAGAAGUCUUACAGUUGUCAGUAAUUUGUUUGAACCCUGUGAGGAAUGCUAUUUCAUAUCUUUUUUUUCUUUA